GCGCAUCCUGGGAGACAAUGAAAGAAACAAAGGCCCCUGGGACAGAUGAGACUGGGGCUCUUUGUGGUGUCACCUUGCAGCAGAGAGACCCAUCAGUAGCCUGGUGAAUGAGCCAGGCACUGGCUGCCAGGCUGGCUCCUUUGGUGCAUCUGGGGUGGGGAGAAAACAAGCCAAACUGGCUGGGGCCUGUGAUCUCCUCUCAGAGACCCACGGGACCUGCAAGUUCCCUCCCCACCUCACAAGCGUUGCCAUUACACCCACAGUUGCAAAUGAAUAAAGAGCCGGUCUGCAGGUGAGGGACGUGCUCUGGAUCCUUCAGCCGCACUGAGUGCUGUCACUGUGCUCGGCGUGAUGAACCCCAGACUUCCCUACGUCCUCCUGGUCGGGGCCGCAGUGAUAAUCUUCAUCCUCUCCUGCAUGCUGCUGAGCAGGGGUGGGCGAUCACCCAGCUGUGAGUCCCAGCCCAGGGCUGAGGAGAAGACAGGAUCCAUGAGCCAGAGCCUGGUGUUUGCUGACCUGACAGCGGAGGAGAUGUCCCAGGUGGUGCGGUACCUGCAGGGACACCUCGGGGUGCCGCUGGUGGACGCCUCCCGUGCCAAACCCUCGGACAACUGCAUCGCCUCCGUGGAUCUGCAGGUGCCCGCCAAGGCAGAGGUGCUGCGGUUCCUGGACGGCGGCGGGGCUCGUCCCCCCCGGGAGGCUCUGGCUGUGCUGUACUUUGGGAAGCAGCCAGAGCCCAACAUCAGCGAGUACGUGGUGGGGCCGCUGCCGGGGCCGGCGUACCACCGAGACGUGACGGUGCAGAAGUACGGGGGGAAGGUGCCCUACCACCGCAGACCGGCGCUGCGCAGCGAGUACGAGCAGCUGCGAGCGUUCCUGGAGACGAAGGCAUUUGCUGCAGCACCAACCUUCCUGCAAGAAGUCCUUGAGUAUGACGGAACCAACGUGGCAUUUCAGAGCACAGUCCCUCAUGGAUUCAAGUCUGGAGAUCGGGUGACCUGGUUUGUCCUGUUUCAGAACGUGAGUGGGUUCUUUGUGCACCCGGUGGGGCUGGAGGUGCUGGUGGACCACAGCAGCCUGGACAUGUCGCAGUGGGCGGUGAGCAGGGUGUUCUACAACGGGCAGUACUACAGGGACAUGGUGCAGCUGGAGAGUGCCUACGUGCAGGGCCGGAUCAGCGUGGAGAAGGUGAGGAAGGCGCCGUGGGACGGGGACUUCUCGUCCAUGAGGCCCCGAGCGGCCGCGGUGGCGCAGUUCCCGGUGCAGUUGGAGCCGCAGGGUCCCCGCUACAGCGUCAGGAACAACCAGGUGCUGUUCCAGGGCUGGAGCUUUGCCUUUGGGAUGAGCGUGAGCACAGGCCUGCGGCUGUUUGACAUCCGACACAAGGGGGAGAGGGUUGCCUAUGAGAUCGGUGUGCAGGAGGCGCUGUCCGUGUACGGCUCCAACUGCCCGGGAGGGAUGUCCACGCGCUACAUGGACGGCAGCUUCGGCCUGGGCCGCUACGCCUCGCCCCUGGUGCGAGGGCUGGACUGCCCCUACCUGGCCACCUACGUGGACACACACUCUCUGUCUGACAGCCUGAGGCCCAAGAAGAGGAAGGCUUCGCUCUGCAUCUUUGAGCAGAACCUGGGCUCCCCUCUGAGGCGCCACUACUCCAACUUGGAGGCGCUCUACUACGGGGGGCUGGUCAACUCCGCUCUGGUCAUUCGGUCCAUCGUCACCGUGGGCAACUACGACUACGUCUGGGACUUCAUCUUCUACCAGAAUGGGGCCCUGGAGGGCAAGGUGCAGGCCACGGGCUACCCCAGCUCGUCCUUUCUCCACGGGGAUGGCCUGAGAUAUGGCAAUAGGCUUUGGGAGCACACCCUGGGUACCAUACACACCCACUUUGUCAACUAUAAGGUGGACUUGGAUGUUGGAGGGGUGAAAAACUCCCUCGUGGCCCAUGACAUGGCGUUUGAGAUGACACGGGCUCCCUGGAGCCCAGAGCAGCAGAUAGAGCGGCCACGACUCACCAAGAAAGUCCUGGACACAGAAGACCAGGCUGCCUUCCGGCUCCACUCCAAGAUGCCCAGAUACAUCUACUUCGCUGCCAACAGCAAAAACAAGUGGGGCCACCAGCGCGGCUACAGGAUCCAGAUCAGCAGCUUUGCAGGGGACCACAUCCCCGAGGCCAGUUCCAUGGAGAGGGCCAUCAGCUGGGCAAGGUACCAGCUGGCCGUCACCCGGAGGAAGGAGGAGGAGCCCACCAGCACCAGCAUCUACAACCAGAAUGACCCCUGGACGCCCACUGUGGCCUUUGCUGACUUCAUCAACAACGAGACCAUCACCAACGAGGACCUGGUUGCCUGGAUAACUGCUGGCUUCCUUCACAUUCCACACUCUGAGGAUAUUCCCAACACUGUGACUGUGGGAAACUCGGUCGGUUUUCUCCUGAGGCCCUACAACUACUAUGACAUGGACCCCUCGAUAUACUCCCACGAUGGUGUGUUUUUCACCAGCGAGCAGGACUUUACAGCAUGUAAAAUCAACCCUCUUGCCUGCUUGCCCAAAACUGCCUCUUGUUUGCCAAGCUUCCCCCCAUUCAGCUAUGAUGGUUUUCAAAAUAUGAGCAGGCUUUAAUGCUACAGGAUGGUGAGAUGUGGUCAUGGACACCAGGCUGACUGUUCUGUCUCCGAUUUUCAGCUUUUUAGUGAAGUUGUCUCAAUUUUCAGUUGUCCAGUGACUUCACAUUUUAUCACAGCUUUUGAAAUAGUGCUCUCAAAAAGGGAAACAUGAUUUUCCUAGUAUGAUGUGAGAUGGAAGUCUCUGUUAUUUGUUAAUUCCUGAAUUUGAGUCUAUUACCAGAGGAAAGUCAGGAGAGGAUCCUGUUCCUCUGCUGUAGAAGCAAGUGCUGUGUAGUGCAUAUCUCAGGUUAAAAUAAUGAAAAUGGUGCUGGUC